AUGCCUGCUUGGCUGCCUGACUGUGUGCCGCCCGACACCUCCAGGGCUGUCCACAAAGGAUCACAGUCCAGUCAAACACAGCAUGGAUUGCAUCAGCUUCACUUUCCCAAGCACCGCACACGACCGAUCCGCACCAUUCGCAGUCUCCACAUGCAUGCGCCAUGCGCCAUGCGCCAUGCACCUACCUGCCUGCCUGCCUGCCUGCAAGUCGGCACGUCCCCACGACCUCGACGCCGCACGCUGCCCGCAGCCACGCACUCUCGCGCGGCGCUCUUGCAGGAAUGGCUGCCCACCGCGACCAAAUCAGAAAAGGGCUGGAGACGAAAACGCAUGCAUGCACUUUCAUCCCACUUGUACGCCAGAGGAUCUGAUCUUGUGAUGCUGGUUCUCGUGGCAGACCUCGGCCCCUGUGACAGAAGAAGACGCUUGGUCUCCUCUCCAACCAGUGCAGCGGCGGCGAGACUGGCAAAGGCAAAAUACCGCAAGCAGACGUAUGCACAUGCUGCUUCUAAUGCGACCAAUCAGGACUAG